AUGACGGGUGGAUUGAUAGAAAAACCGACUUUCUUGGUCCACGUGGUAUUUCCAACUGGAAAAAACGGAGAAGUUGCCGACGCGGACACAAUGUGCAAAUUCGAUACCAUUUUCGUUGCGAGCCUCACUUACCUGAAAUGCUAUCUGAAAAGUUAUGACAGCGAUACGAUACAUUCGGAUCUAUUCUACAGCCGUCAUCGAGUUGACACGACUGAAAUUACUUUCGAGGAUGGCGCCUUAUUCUCUGUUUACCUUGAAGACAGUAAUGGUGAUGACAAUCGAAAAAGUAUGGUGGCGAAAGCUGUCAACAAUAAAGCUGAAUUGCAUGUGCCAAAACACAAAAUCGAUCAACUACCGGUUGUACAAUCUCUUCACGAAUAUUCUGAUUCAGACAGAGAAUUGUUUGGAUGGUUUGCAAACCAUAUCAUUCACGAAGUCUUGCACAUUCUUGGAGCGUAUCACCAUCACGAUGGCAUCAUGUCUGGAUAUGUCGACCUGAUCGAAAAUGGACAAAUCUGCCUGGUAAAUCGAGUAGAUGAUAUCACUACAAGAAUCGUUUCGGAGAUGUUAAGCGCAAAUAUUCUUGCUACACCGCCGGUCGCCGACUAUCACUUUAAUAAGGAGACUAGAUGUUUGACGAUCAAUGGAGGCGAAGUUGGACUCUUCACAGUUGUCUUUCUCAAAGAGGCACGUUACACAAAAUGGUUCUACUUCUGCAGUGACUUCACAUUUUGUGGAAUUGUACCAGAAGACUCGGAAUGGGAUCGACUUUUCGUUCAAUUCGUUCACGGCGCCUACAUACUAUUUGAAAAAAAUAAUAUCUACAAUAGCGAUCCACACGUAUUUGCUCGUUCGCGGUUGCCGGGUGGCUCGCCUCACGAAGAAAUCAAAGACGUGUCAUAA